AUGUCGUGGCUCUCAUUCCUCAAGAGGCCAUUCCCCCUCCGAACCACGCAAAUCACCGUCACAAACAAUCUAAGACGCGGCUUCGCAUCUGUCAACAUGGCUACUCGAGAUCCCAGCACCUUGUCCAACUAUGGCGCUUGGCGGACUCGGCACACGACGGCUGACUUCAAGAUCGACUUCGAGGACAAGUGCCUCAAGGGAUCUGUCGUGCUGCAGCUUGAGUCUCAGACCGACAAGGAGAGCAAGGAGAUCGUUUUGGAUUCGAGAUUCCUAGAUAUCUCCUCCGUCAGCAUCAACUCUGCCAAGUCUAAGUGGGAGUUGAAGGAUUAUUCCGCUCCCCUUGGUGCCCCGCUGCACAUCUCUGUCCCGGAUGGCGCCGCAAAGGGUGAAAUCAUCAACCUUGCCAUUGAUGUCCAGACAACCAGCAAGUGCACAGCUCUUCAGUGGCUCACCCCGGCCCAGACGUCGAACAAGAAGCACCCUUACAUGUUCUCGCAAUGCCAGGCUAUCAACGCUCGGUCCAUCUUCCCUUGCCAGGAUACUCCCGACGUCAAGUCGACUUUCACCUUCAACCUCACCUCGUCGCUGCCAGUGGUUGCCAGUGGUGUUCCUGUUGGUGACCACGACGCCACGCCUGGAGCUGAGAAGCUCUAUAAGUUUGAGCAGAAGGUUCCAAUUCCUUCGUAUCUCUUCGCCGUAGCGUCUGGAGACAUUGCAACUGCUCCUAUCGGCCCUCGUAGCGUAGUAGCUACCGGCCCCAACGAGCUAGAGGAUUGCAAGUGGGAGCUUGAGCGAGACAUGGAAAAGUUUAUGGAGGUUGCCGAAAAGCUUGUCUUUCCGUACAAAUGGGGCGCCUAUAACGUCUUGGUCUUGCCUCCUAGUUUCCCAUACGGAGGCAUGGAGAACCCCAUUUACACAUUCGCGACACCAACUAUCAUCAGUGGAGAUCGUCAGAAUGUUGAUGUUAUCGCCCACGAGCUGAGCCACAGCUGGAGUGGUAACUUGGUGUCCAAUGCAAGCUGGGAGCACUUCUGGCUGAAUGAGGGUUGGACCAUGUACCUUGAGCGACGAAUCCAAGCCGUUAUUCAUGGUGACGCAGAGUUUGACUUCUCCUCCAUCAUCGGAUGGCAAUCUCUCGAGGACUCUGUGGAGCUUUUCGGCAAAGACCACGAAUUCACCAAGUUGAUCAUCAAACAUGAUGGCUUGGAUCCCGAGGAUGUCUACAGCACUGUGGCAUAUGAGAAGGGUUUCCAUUUCCUCUACUACCUCGAGCGUCUCGUUGGACGCGAGAACUUUGACAAGUUCAUUCCUCACUACUUCACUAAGUGGUCUGAGAAAUCUCUUGAUUCAUUCGAGUUCAAGGACACUUUUCUUGACUUUUUCAACGGUCUAGGAAACGACGAGAUCCGUCAAAAGGUGUCAGAGAUCGAUUGGGACGACAAAUUCUACAGCCCCGGUCUCCCCCCUAAGCCGGAUUUCGACACCACAUUGGCAAACAUGUGCUACGAACUAGCAGCCAAGUGGAAGGACCCAGACUUUGAGCCAAACCCCAACGACGUUGAGGCCUUCACUGCUAACCAGAAGCUCGUCUUUUUGGCAGAGGUUCAGGCGGCUGGAAAGCUCAGCCCAGAGAAAUCUCAGCUCCUGGGUAGAACCUAUGACUUUGUCAGGUCAAAGAACGUUGAAAUCUUGUCGGCCUACUACCUUGUUGCUCUUAAGGCCCAUGAUCCAACAUGUUAUGAGGGCACAGCCAGCCUGCUGGGGCGUGUCGGAAGGAUGAAGUUUGUGCGACCGCUGUUCCGUGGGCUGAACAAGGUGGAUAGGCAGCUUGCGUUGGACACGUUUACCAAAAACCAGGAUUUCUAUCACCCGAUUUGCAAGGGCAUGGUAGAGAAAGAUUUAGGCCUCUAG